AUGUUGAACAGGAUACCCAUAAAACGAAUAGUAAGAUCAACAAGAUUAUUCACCACAGCUCCAGCACCAACAUAUCAAACAUCAGUACUACCUAAUGGAUUAACAGUAGCUAGUGAAUCAAUGCCAGGAACUAAAACUGCAACUGUCGGAGUAUGGAUUAAUGCAGGUUCAAGAGCUGAUAAUCCUAAAUCCAGUGGAACUGCACAUUUUUUAGAACAUUUAGCUUUCAAAGGAACGAAUAAAAGAACACAAUUAAAUUUAGAGUUAGAAAUUGAAAAUUUAGGAUCACAAAUUAAUGCAUAUACAAGUAGGGAAAACACAGUUUAUUACACUAAAUGUUUAUCAGAAGAUUUGAAUCAAAAUGUAGAUAUAUUAAGUGACUUGCUAACUAAGUCAAAAUUGGAGACAAGAGCUAUUGAAAAUGAAAGACAUGUUAUUUUACAAGAAAGUGAUGAAGUUGAUAAAAUGUAUGAUGAAGUUGUAUUUGAUCAUUUACAUUCUGUUGCAUUUAAAAAUCAAGAUUUAGGUAGAACUAUAUUGGGACCAAGAGAUUUAAUCAAAACUAUAAAUAGAGAAGAUUUGAGAAGUUAUAUUACAACAAAUUAUAAGGGAGAUCGAAUGGCUUUAAUCGGAGUUGGUAGUAUAAAUCAUGAAGAAUUAGUGAAAAUGGGUGAAAAAUAUUUCGGUGAUAUAAAAAAAUCAGAUAAACCUUUCAAACAAAGUGGCGAUGAUUUACCAAUAUUUUAUGGAGAAGAAAUUAGAGUACAAGAUGAUGCAUUACCAACAACUCAUGUUGCAUUAGCAGUUGAAGGUGUAAGUUGGUCAGCUCCAGAUUUUUUUGUUGCUUCGGUUGCAAAUGGUAUAAUUGGUUCAUGGGAUAGAUCAAUAGGAAUUGGUUCAAAUUCUCCAUCACCUUUAGCUGUAACAGCAGCAACAGGUGGACCAAAUAAUACCCCCAUAGCCAACUCUUAUAUGGCUUAUACAACAUCAUAUGCAGAUACUGGAUUAUUAGGAGUUUAUUUUACAGCUGAAAGUAAUGCAAAUUUAAAAAUAUUGAUAGAUGCAAUUCAAAAAGAAUGGGGUAGAUUAAGUCUUGGUAAUAUAACUGACGAUGAAGUGGAAAGAGCAAAAGCUCAAUUAAAAGCUUCUUUAUUACUAGCAUUAGAUGAUUCAACAGCUAUUGCUGAAGAUAUAGGUAGACAAGUUGUAAAUACAGGUUAUAGAUUAUCACCAGAAGAUGUCUUUGCAAGAGUCGAAUCAAUAACGAAAGAUGACGUUGUGAAUUGGGCUAAUUAUAGAUUGAAAAAUAGACCAAUUGCAUUAGCUGCUGUUGGAAAUGUUAAAACUAUUCCAUCACUUUCAGAAAUAACAAAAGGUAUGAAUUUUAAAUAA